ACCAUCAACAUUUCGAAAACCAAAAUCAUGCUUUGCAAGCUCCCAUUAGCCCUUUGUUUUCUCUUGGGCAGAGCCCUAAUCUUUUCUUCUUACGCCCAAGACACACCACAUGACUAUCUGAAUGCUCACAACCAGGCUCGAAUACAUGUUGGUGUUGGACCCUUGACUUGGGACGACAAGGUCGCAGCCUACGCACAGAACUACGCAAACCAACGUAUUAGCGACUGCAAUCUUGUGCACUCUGGCGGGCCUUACGGCGAGAACCUGGCAUGGGGAAGUGGUGACCUUUCAGGCACAGACGCCGUGAAGAUGUGGGUUGAUGAAAAGGCCUAUUAUGAUUAUAAUUCUAAUUCUUGUGCUCCAGGCCAAAUGUGUGGGCACUAUACUCAGGUGGUUUGGCGAGACUCGGUUCGCUUAGGGUGUGCUAAGGUGACCUGCAACAGUGGAGGAACCUUCAUUGGGUGCAACUAUGACCCUCCUGGCAACUAUAUUGGGCAGCGUCCUUACUAG